GAUACAACACACCGACACCUAGAAACAUGCUCUGUGUUUCUUUAUUAACACAGAACACACUUAACACUGUUACACACAUGGUCUUUAAAUGGAAGACCCAAUCAAACUUGUCUUAUUUCACUCUGUCAUAAUUAAUAUUAAUUGUUUCUUCACAUGAUAUAAAUUAGUUAUAUUAAUAAUGUCAGUUUUUUUUGUUCAGUUGAAUGAAGCAACUGCAAAUUCUGCUUUCUUCUUCUAGAAAUACAUUUUCUGGGGCCUCUCUCCCUCUCUCUCUCUCUCUCUCUCUCUCUCUCUCUCUCUCUCUCUCUCUCUCUCUCUCUCUCUCUAUAGUUUUGAAUGGCGUUAUCUUCUUGCUUUUCCAGCUCUCAACUCAAGAUUGACCAAUGCCCCAGAUUACCCUCUAGAAACUCGUGUAAACAAAUUAGUCGAAGAAGAUGUGCAUUUUCUCUUACAAAAAUGAACGCUGAACUAUUUGGCCAACCAUUCGUAGUACCAAGAACCAUGGGAAGAACGAGUCUUGGAAGAAAUAAAAUUUGCAGGAGAAGAUCAGCGGUAUAUGCUUCAUGGGUGGGAACUUCUCAGAUCGCGAGUAGUGCUUUCACUUUGGGAACGAUAGCUGUUCUUCCAUUCUACACUUCCAUGGUUGUUGCUCCUCGAGCCGAGUUUACGAAGAAAUUAGUGGCGAGUAGUAUACCGUAUAUCGUUCUUGGUGUACUAUACGGUUAUCUACUUUACCUGUCGUGGACACCCGAGACGAUUCGUCUCAUGUUUGCAAGUAAAUACUGGUUACCGGAGCUACCGGGUAUAGCUAAGAUGUUCUCCGCCGAGAUGACAUUGGCUUCUGCUUGGAUUCAUUUGUUAGCUGUGGAUCUAUUUGCUGCAAGGCAGGUAUAUUUAGAGGGGAUCAAGGACAACAUAGAGACUAGACAUUCAGUUUCACUUUGCCUGCUGUUCUGUCCAAUUGGGAUUCUUGCUCAUUUCAUUACAAAGGCUACAACUACAAGCAGUUAAAUCAAUUCAUUUAGACUAAAAACGACUACUUGUUCUCUACUGUAACAACCACUGCUUUUCCCCUACAAUCCUUUUUGUAUUUCAAUCUUUAAGACCAUAGGAAGUUUAAACUAUUUUACAUA